UAUGUAUUUGUGGCCAAAUAAGCACAUAUUCGCGAAAGUUAGUUUGUAGCAUCUGGGCAACCUAAACUCAAAACUAAGAUAUCGUCGGUCCAAAGCCUUUAACCUGUUAGUGAAUCAGACGCGAGUUUGCAUUGUGUAGAGUUAUGACUGGGGAAUAUACAAGGUGCUCGCAAAAAUGUUCUUAUUGACUGCCCGUUAUAUCGCCAUCAUAUAUUUGCUAUUAUUUUGCUAUAUUGAUUUGGUGGCAUCGAAAAGCUAUAAGGCAAACAGUGGACGAAGUGGCAGUGGUAUAAGUGUUGGAAACUCGCAAACCAAUGCAGUCGGCACAAACAGUGGAUCGAUAGGAAGUGCAAGUGCAAAUGCAGCCGGACCUGGCGGAGGUGGUACCAAUAGCAGAGUUAGCAUCAAUAGUGGUACGGCUAGUGGUGUAGGUGGCGGUACGUCAAGUCGAUUAUCGGGAAAUGGUCCCGGAAUACGUAACUCAGCGGAACAUCAACUAAAUAUUGGGCUAUUGGUACCUCACACAAACUUCGGUAGAAGAGAAUAUCUACGAUCAAUAAAUUCAGCUGUUCAAGGGCUGCAAAAAGGACGCGGCUCUAAGCUGACCUUCCUCAAGGAUCAUGAAUUUCAAACUUCCAACAUACAUUUCGACAUGAUGUCGUUGACUCCUAGCCCAACAGCUAUUCUUAAUACUCUGUGUAAAGAGUUUCUGCAUGCUAAUGUAACUGCCAUCCUUUACAUGAUGAAUUAUGAAUCGUACGGCCGGAGUACCGCUUCUGCACAAUACUUCUUACAACUGGCUGGGUAUCUAGGCAUUCCGGUAAUUUCAUGGAAUGCUGAUAACUCUGGACUUGAACGUCGUGCUUCACAAUCAGCAUUGCAGCUUCAACUUGCCCCUAGCAUAGAGCAUCAAAGUGCUGCUAUGCUAAGUAUAUUGGAACGUUACAAAUGGCAUCAGUUUUCCGUUGUAACGUCACAAAUUGCUGGUCACGAUGAUUUCGUUCAGGCUGUUCGUGAACAAGUAGCGGCAAUGGAUCAUUUUAAGUUUACAAUACUUAAUUCGAUAAUCGUAACACGGCCAAGUGAUCUACUGGAGUUGGUAAAUAGUGAGGCACGCGUUAUGCUGCUUUACUGCACUAAAAGUGAAGCGAUAGAAAUUCUACACGCCGCCGAGGAGCUGCAAAUAACUGGUGAAAAUUAUGUAUGGGUUGUCACGCAAAGCGUGAUCGAAAAUACCCAAACGCAUCCUCAGUUCCCUGUCGGUAUGCUAGGCGUUCACUUUGACACGUCCUCUGGAGCACUGGUCAACGAAAUAGCGACUGCUAUUCGUGUGUACGCUUACGGUGUGGAGUACUACUUAAAUGACGUGAAAAAUACUGGACGACGAUUGGAUACGCAUCAGCUUUCCUGUGAAGAUCAAGGUCGGGGUCGGUGGGACAGUGGUGAAGUAUUUUUCAAAUAUCUACGUAACGUUUCGCUGGAAAGUGAAUCCAACAAACCUAACAUCGAGUUUACCGCUGAUGGUGACUUAAAGUCUGCCGAGUUGAAGAUAAUGAAUCUGCGACCGAGCGUCAACAGCAAAGGAUUAGUAUGGGAAGAAAUCGGUGUGUGGAAAUCAUGGCAACAGCAAAAACUGGAUAUUCGUGAUAUCGCAUGGCCCGGCAAUUCGCAUACACCACCGCAAGGUGUGCCAGAAAAGUUUCAUUUGAAAAUAACGUUCUUGGAAGAGGCACCCUACAUCAAUCUAUCUCCAGCUGAUCCUGUUAGCGGCAAGUGCUUGAUGGAUCGUGGUGUCCUAUGCCGCGUGGCAGCAGACCAUGAGAUGACUGAUAUCGAUAUGGGCCAGGCACACAAGAAUGGUUCGUUUUACCAAUGCUGUAGUGGUUUUUGUAUAGAUCUGUUGGAGAAAUUUGCAGAAGAGCUCGGGUUCACCUACGAGUUGGUACGCGUUGAGGAUGGCAAAUGGGGGACAUUGGAAAACGGUAAGUGGAAUGGUUUGAUACAUGAGUUAGUCAAUCGUAAAACGGACAUGGUUCUAACUUCGUUAAUGAUCAAUGCGGAACGUGAAGCGGUCGUGGAUUUUAGCGAACCAUUUAUGGAAACAGGAAUUGCUAUUGUAGUGGCGAAACGUACUGGUAUCAUAUCGCCCACUGCUUUUCUCGAACCGUUCGAUACUGCUUCUUGGAUGUUGGUGGGAAUUUUCGCCAUUCAGGCUGCUACAUUUAUGAUAUUUCUCUUCGAAUGGCUGUCACCCAGUGGUUACGAUAUGAAAACCGUUUUACAAAACGGACAAUCCACUCCGUACCGCUUUUCAUUGUUCCGUACAUAUUGGUUAGUGUGGGCCGUUCUUUUCCAAGCGGCGGUACAUGUAGAUUCACCGCGUGGAUUUACCUCACGCUUUAUGACUAAUGUAUGGGCUAUGUUUGCAGUAGUGUUUCUCGCUAUCUAUACUGCUAAUUUGGCAGCGUUCAUGAUAACGCGGGAAGAGUUUCACGAAUUUACGGGUUUGGAUGACUCGCGUCUCUCGCAUCCAUUCUCACAUAAGCCAACAAUCAAGUUUGGUACUAUUCCAUGGAGUCACACUGAUUCAACGAUAUCGAAAUAUUUUAAAGAAAUGCACUAUUACAUGAAACAGUACAAUCGAUCGAGUGUGGCAGAUGGUGUGACGGCCGUACUCAGCGGCGUACUUGAUGCGUUCAUUUAUGAUGGAACUGUUCUCGAUUACCUCGUGCAGCAAGAUGAGGAUUGCAGAUUACUCACUGUUGGCCAAUGGUAUGCAAUGACUGGCUAUGGUUUGGCAUUUAGUCGGAACUCCAAGUAUGUCGGCAUGUUUAACAAAAGGCUUUUAGAGUUCCGUGCAAACGGUGAUCUUGAACGGCUUCGCCGCUUCUGGAUGACUGGUACCUGUCGACCAGGGAAGCAGGAACACAAAUCUUCCGAUCCGCUAGCACUUGAGCAGUUUUUAUCCGCAUUUCUCUUGCUGAUGGCUGGCAUUUUGCUUGCCGCAUUGCUACUUUUGCUAGAACAUCUUUACUUUAAAUAUUUCCGCAAACGGUUGGCAAAAAAAGAUCGUGGAGGUUGCUGUGCUCUAAUAUCGCUUAGUAUGGGCAAAUCGCUCACGUUUCGUGGUGCAGUGUAUGAAGCAACGGAAAUACUACGCCGUCACAGAUGUAAUGAUCCGAUUUGCGAUACACAUCUUUGGAAAGUAAAGCAUGAGCUCGAUAUGAGUCGGUUGCGCAACCAGCAUCUUGAGAAAACGAUGCAGGCUCACGGUAUAAAACCUCCGCAGCUGAAAAUGGGAUCCACCAGCGAUAUAAUUGGCAUCACGGGAUCGGCUAGCACGCGUGGGCAAAUUAUUGACGUUUGUCAACAAUCACAUCUGUUCGGCAAUUUAAGCCUCGGUGGAAGCGCACAAGAUCUUUAUCGUUGGUCAUAUAAGACGGAGAUUGCCGAGAUGGAAACGGUAUUGUAAACUGAAAAAGAAAGUUAGAUCUCUUUAAAGCCCAUAAAAGAGAUCUUUAAUGCAUUGAGUUAGAAAGCUAACAUUUUAAACCACUUUGUGUACCUAAAGUGUUUUGUAGCUCUUAUUUCUUCAACUUUCCUAUAUGUUAUAUGUGAUUUAGUUUGAUGAAUAUCAUGAGAAGCCUUACGAUUGUUUUUCUUUUCUUCUUUUGUGAUACUAAACCCCUGAUUUAAUCUGGAAUAUUCUUUUCAGAUUCCUAUAGCAUUUAAGCAUUUAUUAAAUGCUUUUUUAUUUAUAACAAAAUUAUGCAACCGAUAUACACUAACUAUAAAGCUGUAUAGUCGUAUAGCUAUGGCGAAGAAUGUAUGUAAAUUCUUAAACAUAUUUAAUUUUGCAGACAGUUUAAUGAAUUCAUCCCCUGCAGGUCAUUCAGUUAUUGUAAGGUUGUUCUCUAACAGAAAUUAUUUCAAAACAAAACAAAAACGAUGAACCAAUAAGAUGAGAUGUAUUACCUCGUCUGUUGUUUACGACCAGGAGUGUAAAGUGUAAGUUCAGUACAGUCUCGUAUAAGCGUAACAAGAAUUUUAAAGUAAAUCGAGUAUCGUGUGAUACGUUGUUUAUAAUUCCUACCAAUGGUUUGUUGAUCAAAUUAUUUUUUUUUUAGUUAAACACUCAAACUAGUAUUCACGCUUGUCACUUUAUUGUACAUACAUUAAUUAUAUUGCAUUAAAAAAUCAUGCGAGCCGUUCUCAUGCAUGAAAUAUAAAAAUGGCGUAAAUUUUUACACAAUCGUGCCAUUUACAAUUUUUUUCUCGCGAGUUAACACGUUUUUAACUUUGUAGUCUUGUUUGUGAAGAAGGUAUCAUUGUUUAGUUGAAUAUACAUUAAAGUAAAGAGGUAAAAAAUUAUCGUGUCUUCCCGCGUAUAACCACUUUUUGCUCAAUUUGUUUGCUCAUAUGCAAGGGAGUAAGCCGUUCUGAUUCAUCACAAUAACGAAAUCGGGAAUGAUUUUCGGCUUUUAUUAUUUAUCUAUUAUUUACCUUUUUUCAACAUUAUUCUUUGUCUAAAAAUGCAAACGAUCUCUUGUACAACUUGUAAGAGUUUCUUAUACAUGGGAAAAUACGAUAAUCAAGAACUGAUGAAAAAGAGUAACAUACAUUAAUGGCAAAUCAUGAUUUUUGUUACUUAAAGGAGUUUGUGUAGCGAUGACUUUCAACAACAUGAAGUGCAUGGUAUAUAAAUCCUCCUGUCUAAAAAAUAGUAAAGAAAAUAAAUGUAUGCAGUACUUUUGAGGAAAAACAGUUGAAUUAACACAGUAGUUUGGUUAUCUAACUGUGUAUAUAAUUUCGUUUCAACAUUUGAUUUAAAGAAUGCUUGAAAGUUGUUAUUAUUGCUCAUUAUUGUUAUUGUUAUUAUUGCUCAAAAUUCUAAUAUGCUCGUCCUGACUGAUACUGUUUAUAAACAGAAUAAACAUUAUGCCAAAUAAUUCUGGUCUCGAUGCCAUCAUCCAGUUUUAAACAUAUUAUCGAAAAAAACACCGUGAAUAUUUGGAAUUACAAUCCACAACAUUAAAACAUUAAAAAGUAUUCAAAAGCACGACUUAAAGCAAACCAAGGAACUGGUCAAUGAAAGAUUUCAAACAAUAGAUUUAUAAGCGAUUAGUAUGGAAAAUUUAUAUCCUUAAAUGAAUUACGAAGUAUAAUAAGCAAUGGCCUAAUUGUAGCAAAAGUAAGUUGGUAAAGUAAGUGUGGUACGUAAAAUAUGGUGAAUUUGUAAUAUAUGGCUUGUUUCAAUGCGAAAACAUAAAUGUAAAACCAUAACACAUUUUUGAACACGUAAACAAGCACAAAUGUAACGAAGGAAUUUUGUUUUCUCAAACUUUAUGUAUUUAAUUUAACGUUAAGUGAUUUAAAAAAAAGAAAAAUAAUUAAACAACCAAUAAUUAACCUCGAACAGUAAAAAUAACACUAUUAAACAAAACUUAUAUAUAAUAUGUUGUUGGAGUAAAAUAUCAAGAACAAAUAAUAACUACAAAUUGUAUACAUCUAAAACAGAACUAUAACUUACAGUAACGUAAUAUAUGAAACAUAGAGGAUAUUUCAAUAUAUUUUAAGAACGAUAACAAAUCUACAUAACUGCCUUGAAAACAGAUAGCAUUUGCUUUAUUGAUACGUGAAAAACGGUACCGAAAUUGGCGAAGCAAAUAUAAGAAAUGAAAUCAAAAGAAAGAUUUGCAAAUGAUAGGCCACCAUCAACAGAAAAUGUCAAUCAACUGUCUCAACACAAAAAUCAUAUGAUUUCCUCUAUUAAAACAGACUACAUUCCUUAACCCCGGAAUGAGUGAAUGCGAUAUUAACCCUUUUUUCACUUAUAUUGCAGAUUAGUUCAACAGAUGGAAGUUUAAAUAUAACUUUAAACUAUCCUUAACGUUAGUUUAAUAUAACUUUAAACUUUAAAUGCCAAACCUUAAAUGCCAAAAAUCUCAUUUAGUAUAAUAAAUUGAAAUAAUCGUUUCAGCAGGCACUUGAAGUGAGCAGCAAACGUUCGUUAAAAUCAGCAUUAAAAAUGAACUAUUAUUUAGAUUGCACUAAUUACUAUUCAGAAUGACUUAUGUUCAUUUGAGCAAUUGUAACAUUAAAAGGACUAGCCACGUAAGCGAUAUAUAAAUGUUUGUAAUUAGGAAUAGAUCUCCUAACAUCCGGAUUAUUCCUGCCUGUUCCUCAAAAAAUAAUUUCUUCAAAAUAUUCGAAUAUUACAAAAAUGUAGUUAUCAUUUAAAAACGGGCAAGUGUAUGUAUUUAAUUGGUUGUUCAUUUUAGUAUGAAGGCUUAAGCCGUAUUGCCAGCACGACACGUUCUGAAUUGAAUACAUUGCUUACAAGCCAAUUUCGUCUUAGGCAAGUGUGUGUAUUUGGAAAUUUUUUUUCAUGCAAUUUGCCAAAGUAUAACUAUCGACUAUUUUAUACAAUUCUGUUGAUAGAAGCAAAAAUGUAUCGUAUUUUAACAUCAAUAUGGUAUUCAAGCAAAAUGUGUAAGGAUCAUAUUUAUGGUACUGCAUUUGUUUUAAUCUUGCAAAAAAAAACAAUACUGUUUUUAAACAUUUUAAUUUUAAGGCGCUCACGUGGAAGAUGUGCGGGUAAGAAUUAGCAAUAUAUGGUUAUCUUUUAUAGAUUUAAUUGCCGGAAUGGUUUAAGAUUUUAUUUAGAUUAAGUCCAUUAUUUGUAAUGAUAAUUGUUGAUAUGUGGAAUAAAACUGUUAUGACAAUGGUUGUUAUUUUUUGAAA